UCCGUCGUGCCGGCCCUCUUCAACGGUCGGGAGCGACCGUCCCGCUUCUCGAAGGCAUCCCCGUCGGCUCCCUCGGGAAGUGUCGGGAUCGGUCCACGGCCGCCUCCCACUCGGAAAGGAAGAGUCCCGGGGGGACCUCGGUCGUUCUCUUGUCUUUUUCCGCAUCGUCAUCAUCAUCCCAUCGGAGGGCCCAUUUGUCACUAAGGCGAAAAUGCGUGUCUGUCCCGAAGCACAGGGUGACCCAUUUCAAACAAUCCGUGAGCAGCACUCUGGCAGCGAACCCACUGAAGCAGCAGCAGCCGCAGGAGGAGUAAAGGCUCCUCUCAUCCGGUGCGGCCUCUCACCCCGUCCGGGACGCUCUCCUCCCGCCAGAGUCAUGUGCACCUCCGAGGGAUCCCACGGACAGAGCUCCCGGAAGACCUCCGAUCGCCAAAGUUCCGGGGGUCGAGUCUCCAAAACACGUCCCUGGUCCGAAAACCGGCCUCGGUCUGCCACGGGCCUUCUUCCCCCACAUAGUCCCUCGAGCCUCCGUGCCCUCGAAUGCGUCCCCCGGGCACCUUGCCGCCUCGGCCCCCGAGUCCAUCUCGGCAUUCCCUCCCCGACCCCUCCUCCGCCUCCGUGACGUCUCCGGAACCGUCCGCCGAGGCCGUCGGAGGCGCCCCCCCGCCCCGGCGCUUUAGGAGCGGCGGGCCGGGGCGGGGGAGCGGGUGUUCCAGACGACCCCCGCUCGGGUGGAUCGACGGCUGCCGACCGGAGAGGAGUGAAUGUCCAGGGAGGUGGAAGACGGGUUUUUGCAGGUGAUAAAGUCGUCGCGUGGAUGACACGGAUCCCGGCCUCCGUUCCCAGCCUCUCUCGAGCGGCAAGGCUCUGGAGCCGAUCGGGCCGACGGGGAGGCGGGGAGACGGAUUCCAAGUGCCAACCCCCCUCUCCCCCCCACCCGAUUCGGCUCAUCCAUCUAAUCGGGAAGGGGGGAAGUGACCCCGGAAACUUUCGGUACCGUGGCUCCGCAUCCUCCGGCAUGCCCCGCUCUUGUGCCUCGGUCCUGAGUUCGGGAAAGGUGAUCCCUGCACUCGCCCCCCCCCCCCCGUCCUCGGAAGAAGUGGGUCCAGAAGAUCUCGUCCGGGUGGGUCGGGACGCGGUUUGGAAAAGCGACCCUCGGACGCCUCCGGCCCCGAGGCUCCGUGAGGAGUCUCUUGGAUCUCGCUAUCUCCUUCGGCCUGUCGGCGAGCCGUUAGGCGUCGCCGGCUUCCCAAGGGCCUCGAGGGGGGCGUGGGCCCGGUCGGCCGGAUCGUGGGCCUCCCCGAGAAGAUCGGCCCCCGGGCCCCUCCCCGUCUCUUUUCAGGCAAAGGUCACACCGGGCGAGGGAGAGGUCAGGCGACACGUCCGGAGCCGGGGAGUCGAAGAACGCCCGAAGAGCGUCUCCCCGCCUCUUCGGCUUCCUUCCCACAAUGGGCGAUGCGCGUCCGUCCGGGCCCUCUCCACCCUGGGCGGAUCCCGUGGGGCCGGCUGGGGGACACACACACGGUCCCGGUCUCCGCGUGCCUCUCCCCGCCGCGGGACCGGGACUCCCGCUCCAGGUCGGACCGACGGUGCUCUCCGAGCCUCGAGUGUCGCCCCAUCGUCGAGUCGUCGCCCAUUUUGGGGAAUGCGGCCUCCGGUGUCAGCUUUCCCCCCGCCCCUCGCCCCUCCAUUGACAGAUGGCCUCCAUGAACCCGAACCGCGUCCACCGUCGCUCGAGGUCCCGAGACGGAGGCCAGACGGCGCCUUCCUGGGAUCUCCCGGGUCAUGAGGCCGCUCGGGGCGGCCGGGACACGGCCAGAGGUGCCGCCCCUCCCCGUCCCCCCCUCCACGCUGCCUAGCGGUUCCAUCUUCUUCUUUGCAGGUUGCACCUUCGAAGGUCACGGUUCUG